AGGGCCGCCCGCUGCCGCCGCGGUGCUGUUUGAAGAGGAGCCGCGCACGCGAGCGAGCCGCUGUGCGCGCGGCGGAGCGCGAGAAGAGGGGCGCGUGCGUAGCGUGAGCGGCGGCUCUGUACAGCCUAGAAUAAGCGUUUAUUAUAGAGAGAGAGAUUCUUCUUCUUCUUAUUAUUAUUAUAACCAUCACAGGAUAUAUCAUACUGUAACUUUACCGGAGCCCAAGUGUGUGUGUGUGUGUGUGUGUGCGCACGGCGGGGAUCAACGGGAUGACAGGAGACAACUGAGGCGCGCGCGCACACACACGCACACACAGACCGGGAGCACUCAGUCUGUCCAUGGGAAGUUUGUUCGCUUGUGUUUACCGGCUCGUGUUUGGACGCUGAAACUUACGCACAACCCAUCAUCAUGCUCAAUAACGUUCCUGUCUCAUGCUGCUAUCAGUGUUGUGAAAUGAUGUAUACUGGGGGUCGACUCUCCUAAACAUGGUGUUGUAUGGAGAUAUCUGCCGCCGCGUUGUUGUGAUGUUCAUAUCAGACCUGGAAUUUGGAGGUCGUCCUGUUCCACCUGAGAUGAUGUAGGAGAACCGGAGCAUCGCCAGUGUCUUGUCAGCGUUCCUCAUGGAUACAGCAGCAGAUGCACACCGGCUCAUCUUCCUCUCUUUCCUCCUCUUCCUCCUCCAUCUGCUGUGUGCGUGUGUGUGAGGAGGAACGUGAUCAUGGCUCACACACACCACGGCUACAGUCUCCUCAGCACUGAGGAACAUCGCAAGAGGAUGCUGCCGGUGCAGCUGGACUCUCUCCUUGGGGUCCACAGAGAAACCCUGCAGACGCUCUCCUGCCUGAGACGCUCCAAAGUCUACAGCUUCAUCUUCGGCCUGGCCGUCCUCUUCCUCGUCAUGGCCUCGUACGUGCUGAGCAGUGAGAGGAAAGCCUUCCUCGUCCCCUCGCCCCUCUAUCACACCCUCAACCACGGGGCGCUGCUCUCGAACCUCUCCUCCACGCAAGACCCCGCCCAUAUGGCUCAGGUGCUGCACCGCAUCCUGUCCAAGCUGGAGUUUAAGUCCAGGAGGAAACCGGAUCCGGCAGCGCUGGUCCAGAGCGAGCCACACAUGUUCUCUGUGAUUCCCCGCCACUUCCUGCCAGAUGUGAAGAACCCGUGUUGGUACGAGCAGCUGUCAGGAAACGCCAGCAUGAACCCGUACCAGAGCAACCUGUACGCCUCUUACUCGCGCCAGUCCCGCCUCAUCUUCCACAUCCUGAGGAGAAGCUUCUGGAAGCACGUGUUCCGGCGGGAGGGGAAGCUCUACCGCAUACGCUGCCUGCCGUACUUCUACAUCAUCGGCCAGCCCAAGUGCGGCACCACCGACCUGUACGAGCGGCUCCGGCUGCACCCGGGCAUCCGGCUCAGUGGUCUUAAAGAACCGCACUGGUGGACCCGCAAGAGAUUCGGUAUAAUCCGUCCCAGUGAUGGACUUCACGCUCGCUAUCCGGUGGAGGAUUAUCUGGAUCUGUUUGAUCUUCCAGCGCAUCACAUUCAGAGCCAGAUGUUGGCCAACGAGCCUGCAGGAGUCCACCGGGCCAGCAUUAUCACCGGCGAGGCCAGCGCUUCCACCAUGUGGGACAACAACGCUUGGUCUUAUCUCAAUGGUGAUGCCACAGAGCCGGAGCCUCCCUUCCUGACCCAGGACUUCAUCCACGCCCUUCAGCCUAAAGCGCGCUUCGUCGCCAUCCUGAGAGACCCUGUGGAGAGGUUAUACUCAGACUAUCUGUACUUCGGCUUAGCUAAUAAAUCAGCGGAGGAUUUCCACGAGAAGGUCUGCGAGUCGCUGGAGCUGUUCGAUGCGUGUCUGCAGGAGUUUAGCCUCAGAGCGUGUGUAUACAACAACACACUCAACAGCGCCAUGCCUGUGCGUCUGCAUGUUGGUGUGUAUGCGGUGUACGUGCUGGACUGGUUGUCAGUGUUCAGUCGUGAGCAGCUGUUGGUGUUGAGGCUGGAGGAUCACGCAGUGGACAAGAACGCGUCCAUGAACAAAGUCUUCCGCUUCCUGCAGCUCGGCCCUCUCUCGGAGCAGCAGCAGGUGAAGAUUUCGGAGCAUCCUGCCUCUAACACUCGCCGACUGGCUGAUAAGAACCUGGGCCCCAUGCUGCCUCCGACUCGCCGCCUCCUCACCGACUUCUACUCGCCCUUCAACAGGAAACUGGCCACCGUGCUGCACGAUCACAACUUCCUGUGGGACAACCACUCCACACACACUUAACACACACUCACACACACACACACGCAGACCCACAGACACACACCAGAAACAGCCGUGCACUAUUACUGCUUCCUAAGAGACUCUGGGAAAUCAUCAUGUAAAUAAAAUUAUUUUCUUAAAUUAUAACCUGGAUCAGGAUUCAACGGAAAGCACAUGAGUUUUAUAUCAAGUGUUUUAUAUUGUUUUCUUAAGCUGAAAAAAUGUCUGUAAAUAAACUACAACAAAAAGGGAAAAUAAGAAAAAAACAACAACGACCUUGUUUCUUUUCUUUAUGAUAGUGCAAUACUGCCCUCUGCUGGACACACCAUAAUCACAACUAGUCAUAGUUUUUGUUAUCUUUCCAUUAAAAAUGAAAGCAAGACUUUUAAAAGGCAAAAUGUCAUUAAUUGGUGUAGGUUUAUGGUUAUGGACUAUCUAACUGUGUAGUGAACACAGCUAAGAGUCAACAACACACACAUACACACUCACACAAUCUCUUAGUGAACAAAUAUAGCAGCGUGUUUAUAAUAAUAAUAAUAAUAAUUAUUAUUAUUAUUAUUAUUAACACAGCUGUAUUAAAUAGUAACAUAUUUUAAUAUUAUUUACAUAUUUACUAAGGACUGACUGGGUAAUUUCUGUUACAUUUCGACUUAAGUCCACGACCUAACCCGCAAACAAUUUAGACAAACAAAUAAAAAAAUAUUUUUUUAUUCUUAUUCCUCAGCCUUGAAAAAAGGAUUUUACAUGGAUUUCUGAUAAAUAUACAUUAUCCACUCCUUAAUAUUAUUCAUAAUUUCCUUCUCACGACUUAUAGACCUACUGCCUGCUCUAUUCUACUCUGUUUACUAUUCUGAUUUUUUUUCUUUAAUAAACCAAAAGUCAUGGAUGAUUGGUAAACUAGGCCAAUCUGGCAACCUGCUCAGUGCCUGUCCUUUUUGCAUCCUCUUAGAUGAAGCGAGCAUGGGGCAGCAGACUUCCUGCUCCAAUGGACCCAUUUAUACAUUAGCUUGGUUGAUGCAGUUCCCAUUUUUGGCCACUAGGGAAAUUAAUUAAUUAGAGACAGAAUUUGUGUUGAAAAAGUGAGUGUUAUUGCAUCAUAAAAUCUAAGAACCAAUCAGGUUAGAUUAUGCAAAUGACAGCAGAGUAGCAAGUAACAAAAUCCUUAAUUCUUAAAUAAGUGCAAAGGUAUUGGCUCCCCUAUGUGGCUUUUUCUCCUGGAGAAAUUUGUAAUUCCUUUAGGGUUCUGCAGUAGCUGGAACAGGCACAGUUCAAAAUUUAAGAA